CAACGCCUGGACUCGCUCACACCGAAACCCGAAACCCGAAACCCGAAACCCAUAGCCCCUCCAGGGUGAACCAACGGCCUUCGACUCUAUUGGUCAGGGCCUCGAUGGGCGGGCCAACAAGGGGCGCGCUGGUUGGCUGGGGACGGACCAAUGAGGAGGCGGCGGCGCGGGCCUCAGAAGGGUGCGCCAACCGCGCGUUGUUUGAGGCCAUCUUGUGCUGCGCCGCGACGACGCCACGUCGCCCUCCCGGGGCUGGGCACCGCGCCUGUGGCAACCGCCGGAGUCGCCAGGACACCUCGCGCCUCCCUCCACGCGUCGCACACCGCUCGCCUCCCGCCUCUCCCCUCUCGCCUGUCGCCGUUGGCGCCUGGACCAGGGUGAUCGUCUCCGCGGAACCCCCGGCUGCCAGGCCUCGCCAACAUGAGCGCCCCCGACGAGGUGUCUGUCUGGGGAGCGGGUUUCGGUCCGGAGGGCGGGGAGCAGGCCAGCGGAGCCCCGCGGGGACCAGGACUAGGUCUGGAUCCCGGGCCGCCUCGGAGCGGCGAGGGUGAGGGCGGGUUCCCAGACCCCGAGGGCUUCGAGUCUGAGCGGGAAGUGAUGGAAGCGGGAGGGCCGGUGCUUUGGGGCCGCGAAGGCCGCCCCGGCACCCCGGCCGACGACAAGGGGGACGCCCUGGACUACGCGUCCCACCUUGCUGACGAGUCCGGGGCCGCCAUCGUGCAGCAGCUGACCGACCCGGAUGCCCUGGGCGUGCGGAGAAACCCAUCCCCAGAGAGCUGCGCCGCUGAAGGGUCUGGCGUUUGGGCGGGCCUAGAGGCAGGGCCCGGUGGUCGAGGCGCGCUUGCCCUGAGCCGCGGAGAAUCGCAGCCGCCUUCCGCUGUCCCGCUCCACCUCGGUGGGCCCGAGGGAGCCCGGCCCCGGGGGAACCCGAGAAGAGGUUCCAAGAGCAGGUCCACCGUCAGGGUGGAUCGCCAGCGGCCCUCCGCCAAAGGCCCGGGCCGGCGGCCUUCCGACCCUGAGUCAUCAGAUGAGUUCGGUGAGAUACAGCUGAUGAGGGUGAGCAUUUACUCCAAAGAAAGAGGCCAAGCCAAGCCCAACAGCCCCGAGGAUCCCGGGGACACACCCAGACAACCGAGUUUCCAUGUCAGGGAGAAUUUCCUUCACGUGCCAGGUUCUUUCCUGUCCUCGGCUCCCCGAGGAUUCACUUCGGUUGUGGAGAGGCAGGCCGUGGGAGAGUUGGACAUCUCCUCCUCUAAGAAAAUGCAAAGUGUGGUCUGGGGGAAGGGAGGGAACAGGCCCAGCUACCCAGUAGCCGCCGCCGCCGCCACCGCUGCUGGCAGCCUGCCCCCGGCCACCCCUAGGAAGAAGGUGGCCCAGGAGAAGAGAUCCGUAGGGGGGGCCUCAAAAGUUACCCAAGGGAGAAGCUUUCCUCCCUGGGGGCAGAGAGUCUCGGCAGCUCCCCUGGAACCAGCCACCUUUCCCCCAAUCUCUGGGGUUCCGCUGCUUGGGAGGAACAAGAGGUAUUCCUUGGUUCCAUCGGGAAGCAAACAGUCCAAGCACACCGGCCGCUCCCGGAAGAAAUCUGGGCCCAGGAGGACACGGGAGUCGGAGCCAGUGGUGGUGACAGGAGAAGGCAGUGACUCAAACAGAGACACAGUGCCCAAGGGCCAACUUCCAACACACAGGCCAGGGCCAUGUUGUUCGGGCACGCAUCGUGGAGAAUGCAGCAGUGGCGACCUCGACACCAGAGCCCCCGAAGUUCCAGGAAGCUCCGCGCCCUCAGCCCUGAGCCAGGGAGACGUCAUGCCCAGAGGGCGUGCACCCUCCAGUGACCAGGAGCCGCUUGACCACCUCCCAAGACCGGAAAGGCUGCAGCAACCACCUGGAACACAGGGCUGUCCUCGGUGUCUCGUGCUACAGAGAGAAAUAGACGACCUGAAAGAGCAGCUUGCAGCCAUGCAGUCCCUGACUGACAAGUUCCAGACCCUUUGAAGUCGGGCCCAGCAUCUCCGUACAAGAGGAUCAGCUGGUACUUCUGGAGCCAGGAAGUUGUGGCCAAGCUGGUUCCCUCCUGUUCCACCUCAGCCAGGGCUUCCUCUCCCUGUUCUUGUGCCCCCUCCCCACCC